AAAGGAGAUUCCUGCAGGCUGUAAGGCGCUCGUGCGGGGAAUGACAGAGAGAGUGCGGCUCGUCGUUGGAGGGUGAUAGUAAACACUAAACAGCACGCACUCACUUGUAUUUAUUUUAAAUAUCUAUAUAUUACCUAUUUAUUUUUAGUUGAACAUAGCGAGACUAGACUAGAGGAAAUAUGGCAGCGUUGACUUUACUGUUGGCUCUGAACGUCGCUCUGGUGUGUGCAGAAUCUUCCAUAUAUUUUCGGGAGCAGUUUGAAGAUGGAGAGGCCUGGACGAGCCGAUGGGUGGAAUCCAAACACAAGUCGGACUACGGAAAAUUCGUCCUUUCCGCGGGGAAGUUCUACGGGGACGCGGAGAAGGACCAAGGCCUUCAGACCAGCCAGGAUGCCCGGUUCUACUCUCUGUCGUCACGCUUUGAGGAAUUCACCAACAAAGGGCAGCCACUUGUGGUGCAGUUCACUGUGAAACAUGAGCAGAGCAUCGACUGUGGUGGUGGCUACAUUAAGCUCUUCCCUGCAGAUCUCAAUCAGGAAGAUAUGCAUGGCGAUUCUACCUACAACAUAAUGUUUGGUCCUGACAUCUGUGGUCCUGGAAACAAAAAAGUUCAUGUCAUUUUUAAUUACAAGGGAAAGAAUCACUUGAUCAACAAAGACAUACGCUGCAAGGAUGAUGAGUACACCCAUUUGUACACACUCAUUGUCAACCCUGACAAUACCUAUGAAGUGAAGAUUGACAAUAAGAAAGCAGAGUCAGGCAACCUGGAGGAUGACUGGGACUUCCUUCCUCCCAGGAAGAUCAAGGACCCAGAAGCUAAGAAGCCAGAGGACUUGGAUGAACGAGAGAAAAUAGAUGACCCCGAUGACACAAAACCAGAGGCCUGGGACAAGCCCGAGAACAUCCCAGACCCUGACGCCAAGAAGCCUGAUGACUGGGAUGAUGAGAUGGAUGGAGAGUGGGAGCCUCCUAUGAUUACAAAUCCUGAGUACAAGGGUGAAUGGAAACCACGCCAGAUUGACAAUCCUGCCUACAAAGGAAAAUGGGUGCACCCCGAAAUUGACAAUCCAGAGUACGCACCAGACUCUGAGAUCUACAAAUACGACAGCAUUGGAGUUGUUGGGCUGGAUUUGUGGCAAGUGAAGUCAGGUACCAUUUUUGAUAACUUCCUCAUCACCAAUGACCCAAAACUUGCUGAGAAAAUUGGGAAUGAGACCUGGGGUUUGACAAAGGACCCUGAAAGAAAGAUGAAAGAAAGUCAAGAAGAAGAGCAGAGGAAGAAGCGUGAAGAAGAAGAGAAGAAAAUAAAGGAGGAAGAGAAAAAGGAUGAUGAGGAGGAUGAAAAUGAGGAAGAGGAGGAUGAGGAUGAAGAAGAGGAUGAGGAGGAGGAUGAGGACGAGGAGGAAGAAACAGACUCUAAUGUUAAGGAUGAGCUAUAGGCAUAAAUUUGAAUAGAGAAAGCCCUGAUUUCUUUGUGCCACUACAUGUGGUUCAGGAGUCACCUUCCAGAGUGUUCCCUUUACAUUUCAGGAAGGAUUUUAGGGAUGGGUUUACGAGGCACUGGGAAUUUGACUCAAAAGCGAUUCUCUUCCCCCCUUUGAAUUACGAUCAUAUGAUCUAAAUGAAGACCGUUAUGAGAGUUUUGGAUUCCACUGACCCAUUUCUUUGGACUUAAUGUAUCCUUCCCAUUAGAAAUGGCAUGCCAUUUAUUUUGUCCACAAUGGUUUGGGGAUGAGGAAAGGCCUCUUCAGUGACCGAAAUUGUUUGUAGCUGUAUGCUCCAAAUGCAGACAAGUAGUUUUCUGUUCUAAUUGAAAAUAAUAGCUUUGCAAUAUUUCCCUUGAAGACCAUGGUUUUCCAAAGUACUUUUUGCCUUCCUCCUAACACACACUGAGCCAAAGCUGAGGUAAUACCUAAAGCAAAAUAACUUUUUUAAACUUUUUUUUUUUUUUUCCUCUUCUCCUAAACCCAUAAUGGGGGUUCUUGUAUCACCCAGUGCUCCAGUUCCAGGGCACUUUUUGGCAAAUCUCCCCUUUGUGUCUGCCCCAAAGAGGCAAAUAACAUGAUAUUUGGCAGGGAGACUUAAUAUUCCAUGUAGGACGGUGGUACCUUUAGAAGUGAAUGUUGGGUUUUUGUGUCUUGUUUGUUUUGGUUGACUUUUAUUCCAUUGUGAAUUUGCACUGCUGUACAUUCAAAAUUUACAAGCUAAGUUAGCCCUUUUUUAAAAAAAAAAAACAUUUUGUACUGUUUGCAGGAGGAAGUGUCUAAUGCUGUACAUGGUAAUGUACCUCUGUUAAUGUACAAAAUAAAUAUGACAGGAAAGUGUUCCAGGUA